UCCAUCGAUUCGUUGGACAGACAGAACUGCUACCGUACAGACGUGAGCGUUGACGUUGAUAUCAAGCGACAUGGGAAGAGACAAGAAGAUCCAGAAUGCUCUCAAGAGGUCAGAGAUCCAUCGAAAGCAGAAGCGGGAAAAGGCGCAAGUCAAGCUGAAGAGGCGAAUGGAGAACAAGAAGGAAGAGCUUGACAAGGUCUCUGGGAAGCAGAAACGCGAAGAAAGGCUGUCCAAAAACGUUCCGAGGACUUUGGACAACACCAGAGUCUUCGACUCCAGCUCGUACUUGACUGCAGACCCGCGGACACUCCUGCAACCGAAACCCAGCAAGUCCGAGGUGGUCAAGGAAUCUGAUCCGGAUCCAGAUUCCGUAGAUGGAUCUGGAGAUGAAGAUGAAGAUGAAGAUGAAGAUGAGGAGAUGCCAGAAGCUGGGCCCUCGAGCCUGAGAACAGCUGCAGCGGACCCUGAGGACGAAGGCGGGAAUGAGGAAGAGGAGGAGGAAGGAGAGGCCUCUGCCUCCGCUCAACCUGCUCCAACGGGCUUCUCUCCGCCACCCCGGAUUCUUAUCACGACCUCGGCGUCUCCAUGUAAGGAGACUUAUGCCUUCUGCGAUGAUCUCAAGAACGUGUUUCCCGGGGGAGAGCUGUUCAAACGACCGAAAGGGAGAGGCUUUGAACUCGGCAGGAUAUCACGAUGGGCAGCGAAAAGGAAGUACAAUGCGAUGCUGGUGGUCAACGAAGAUCACAAGAGUGCGAAUGCCAUCACUUUGAUCGUCCUUCCUGCUGGUCCUACGGCCUAUUUCAAGUUGACUAGUGUGCAAUUGGGCUCACAAAUCUUUGGACACGCGAAGCCAUCACCGCAUUCUCCCGAGCUCAUCCUCAAUAACUUCACCACCAUCCUCGGCAACUCUGUUGGCCGCCUGUUUGCUUCCCUUUUCCCGCCUCAACCGCAAUUUCGCGGACGUCAAGUCGUCACUCUGCACAAUCAACGAGAUUUCUUGUUCUUCCGUCGACAUCGAUACAUGUUUGCUUCUCCGACCUCUGCCAAGCUACAAGAAAUUGGACCGCGAUUUACGCUGAAACUAAGAUGGCUCCGGAAAGGGCUACCAAGUGUCACAGCUGCGGACGGAUCCAUUCCGAGGCCGGGAGGCAAAGAGGAGAUGGAUCAUGAUGACGAUUUUGAAGACGAUGUGGAGCAGGGUGAGGCUCAGGCAGAAAAUGAGGCUAUGGAGGAAAUGGUCUCUGGGAAGACGUCGACGAAGUCAGCAUCAAGACAGACCUCUGACGCUGCGAGAAUACCUCCAUUGGACGAGGAGCAAGAGUAUGAAUGGAAGUGGAAGCCAAAGAUGGAAGUUUCCAGGAGAACAUUCUUCUUAUAGGUCUGCCCGUAUGGAGAAGAGGUUCAACUUUUGCCCCAAUCACGACCCUUUGAUAUCCAUCUUGGGAUGGCGAUCGACGCCGAUGAUGAUAUCCUUUCGCGCGUCACAGAUCCGGUGAUCAUGCCAGGGGCUGAAGUCGUCC